CUUUCGCUGGGCAUUGUGGGUUGUAGGUGUUUUCCGCUGCACGCCGCGGAAGAGACGAGAGAGGAGUUUGUGUGGUAACUGUACAGCAGCAUCAGGAGCUUUCCAGGUGGACCAUACAACGACUCUGCUCACACCCGCUACUGAACCCAAACGCAAGGCACACCAGAGUAAGCGGGAGGACUCGGGACUGCGGCUCGGGACAUGGCACACAACAGUCUGAUGAGCGGAGCGGAGGACGUGGCGGAUCAGUUCCUGCGCGUGACGAAGCGCUACCUGCCCCACGCGGCGCGGCUGUGCCUGAUCAGCACGUUCCUGGAGGACGGCCUGCGCAUGUGGCUGCAGUGGCGCGAGCAGAAGGACUACAUCGAGGCCACCUGGAGCUGCGGAGCCUUCCUCGCCUCCAUCUUCGUCAUCCUCAACCUGCUCGGACAGCUGGGUGGCUGUGUUCUGAUCCUCAGUAGGAACUUUGUGGAGUACGCCUGCUUCGGCCUGUUCGGCAUCAUUGGGCUUCAGACGAUUGCCUACAGCAUAUUAUGGGAUCCCAAGUUCCUCAUGAGGAACCUGGCGCUGGGGGGGGGGCUGCUGCUGCUGCUGGCGGAGUGCCGUGUGGAGGGGCGGCCGGUGUUUGCGGGGGUGCCCAGCGUGCGCGAGAGCUCCCCGAAACAGUACAUGCAGCUGGGGGGACGCCUGCUCCUGGUGCUCAUGUUCAUGACCCUGCUGCACUUCGACGCCAACUUCUUCUCUAUCCUGCAGAACCUGGUGGGGACGGCGCUGAUGGUGCUAGUGGCGGUGGGGUUCAAGACGAAGCUGGCGGCGCUCACGCUGGUCAUCUGGCUGCUCAUCGUCAACGUGUCCUUCAACGCCUUCUGGAACGUUCCGUCCCACAAGCCCAUGCACGACUUCCUGAAGUACGACUUCUUCCAGACCACGUCGGUGAUCGGAGGGCUGCUAUUGGUGGUGGCGCGGGGGCCCGGGGGCGUGUCCAUGGACGAGAAGAAGAAGGAGUGGUGAGGAGCGACGCCCGGUAACUACGGCAACAAGACCCCUCCUCCAGGGUCGCCAUGACUACAGACACCAGGACGACACCCCCGACACAGCACCCCAGGACCAAACCCCCCCUCCAUCGCCCCCACUCCCCCCCCAGUUGUUGAGGCACUUUGUUAAGAGAGCAGAUAUAUAUCUCUCUGUUUCUCCUCCAUAUGCCCUACGAGCAUUAAGAUUAAACACCUCACACGUGUGUUUCUCUGAGUCUCUUUGCAUAACCCUUUUCUACGUGCGGCACCUAUAACGCCCGCCUGUGUGUGUCUGUACGACGCACCUGAAACGCUCGCGUGUGUGUGUGUCUGUACGACGCACCUGAAACACUCGCGUGUGUGUGUGUCUGUUGGAGGCCCCUAAAGCGCUCGCGUGUGUGUGUGUGUAUCUUUCCAUGUACAGUUCUCUGAACUCAUCUGCAGUGUUAAUGACCAAAGACAACCCCAUUAGGCCAUGCGCCAGCCCCUGGGUCCUAGAGCCAGACAGGUUCACACCAGCCCCUGGGUCCUAGAGCCAGACAGGUUCACACCAGCCCCUGGGUCCUAGAGCCAGACAGGUUCACGCCAGCCCCUGGGUCCUAGAGCCAGACAGGUUCACGCCAGCCCCUGGGUCCUAGAGCCAGACAGGUUCACACCAGCCCCUGGGUCCUAGAGCCAGACAGGUUCACGCCAGCCCCUGGGUCCUAGAGCCAGACAGGUUCACACCAGCCCCUGGGUCCUAGAGCCAGACAGGUUCACGCCAGCCCCUGGGUCCUAGAGCCAGACAGGUUCACACCAGCCCCUGGGUCCUAGAGCCAGACAGGUUCACGCCAGCCCCUGGGUCCUAGAGCCAGACAGGUUCACACCAGCCCCUGGGUCCUAGAGCCAGACAGGUUCACGCCAGCCCCUGGGUCCUAGAGCCAGACAGGUCCACGCUGUGCUCGUUGGGUUCGGUGUUCAGUCAGGAGGGGACGGCCACGACAGCAUGCACUGGGCUCAUGGCUCUCUCUGGGCUACACACACACACACACACACACACACACACACACACACACACACACACCACACAUGCUGACAGUUCUGAUGUACACAUACACUCACACUCUCACACAAAAUCCUGAUAUAUAUAUAUACACACACACACAAAUACACACACACAAUCUUCACACACUGACAAUCUGGACACGCACACACUCACUCUUCACACACUGACAAUCUGGACACACACACACACUCACUCUUCACACACUGACAAUCUGAACACACACACACACACACACACACACACACACACACACACACACACACUCACUCUUCACACACACACACACACUCUUCACACACACACUCACUCUUCACACACACACACACACACACACAGCUCCUACUCCAGGGCAGGAGGGGAUGUGCUGAUGGCGGGCACAUAAAUGUCGUCCAUCUUAUUUAAAACAUCCAGAAUAUUCCAUUCAUGCCUUAAGAAGCUUUCUUUCUUUGUUUUGUAUUUUAGGAUAAAUGAAUUGAUCUGUGUAAAGGAUAUUUGACUGUUGUCAAGUGCUGUUGAGUCUGUUGUCAGGUCACUUUCAGAGUUUACAGUAGGUUCAAAUGUAGUGUUUUUAACAAGCAGAUUUCUCCCUUUGAUUUCCGACUCCCGAGAUGUCGGGGUUUGUGUGAAUGAAAAACUAAAGACUGUCGUGUUUUCUACGUGUUCAAAUAUGUUGUGACAUCAUAAAGGGAAAUUAUGAAAACCAAA